UGGACUUUGAAUUAAUUGAAUAUCUAUACACCCGUUAACCAAACCUGUUCUUCAGUGAAGUGAUUUACGAGAUAACUGCCAUGAACGUGCAAUAUUUUGCCCUGUUUAUCCUCUGCUGGAUUUCACCAGUCUGCCGAGGAGCCAAUGGGAUAUAUGCCCAGAGGCUGCUCAAUGAUUUAUUCAGCAACUACACCAGUGCAUUGAGACCAGUGGAGGACACAGAAGACAUCCUUAAUGUCACACUUCAGAUCACCCUCUCACAGAUCAUUGACAUGGAUGAGCGUAACCAGAUUCUGACUGCGUAUCUAUGGAUAAGGCAGGUGUGGAUUGACACGUAUCUCACCUGGAAUAAAGAUGACUAUGACGGGCUUGAUACCAUCCGUAUACCUAGUAGUUAUGUAUGGAGACCAGAUAUAGUCCUAUAUAACAACGCUGAUGACCACUUCACUAGCACUAUGGACACCAAUGUGGUCAUUCGCCAUGAUGGCCAGAUCAUGUGGGAUGCUCCAGCCAUCACCAAAAGCUCCUGCAAGGUGGAUGUCUCCUUUUUCCCCUUUGACGCCCAGCAAUGUCGUCUGACCUACGGGUCCUGGACCUACAACGGGAACCAACUGAACAUUCUGAAUGCAAUGGACAGUGCAGAUCUUGCUGACUUGGUCGAUAACGUGGAAUGGGAGGUGCUGGGAAUGCCAGCCAAGAGAAACGUCAUUCUGUACGGCUGCUGUGCGGAUCCAUAUCCAGAUGUGACGUACACUCUGAAACUGAAGAGAAGGGCUUCAUUUUACGUGUUCAACUUGCUCAUUCCUUGUGUGAUGAUCUCAUUCCUGUCUCCGCUGGGCUUCUAUCUGCCAGCAGACUCUGGGGAGAAGGUGUCACUGGGUGUAACUGUAAUGUUGGCCCUCACCGUCUUUCAGCUACUGGUAGCUGAGAUUAUGCCUCCUUCUGAGAAUGUACCUCUUAUAGGAAAAUACUACAUAGCGACAAUGACUAUGAUAACUGCAUCCACUGCCCUCACCAUAUUUAUAAUGAAUAUACAUCACUGUGGCCCAGAGGCCCGACCCGUCCCGAACUGGGCCAAAAAAUUCAUCCUGGAGUAUCUUGCCAGGAUUUGCUUUGUCUAUGAAGUUGGUGAGAACUGCAUGACCGUACAACCAGAAAAAACUGACCCUCACUCCCAAAAGCCGCCCGACUCCAACUGCAACAUGAACGGCCAAGCCGGGAAAGACGACUUAGUGUUCAAAUUUGAGAGAAGUCAAGAUGGCGUCUCUCCAAAACUUCUUGAGGACAAAGAAGGCACGUCUCAGAUCAUGAGCCCAGCGUACUCACUAGGAAAUCGCCCCACCUGCCAAUAUGGUGUGUGGAAGGAGGGCGUGUUCAUUAGCAUGGAUGGCGCCGAUGGGGUGGCGGAAACAGGUAAGGCUACAGGAAGAGGAGAGGACCAUGAUGCUAGGGAUAAACCUCAGUGCAUUAGUGAGCAGCAGCUUCUUUUGAGGAAUAUCGAGUAUGUUGCAAACUGUUAUCGUGACCAGAGAGCUACAGCAAGAAGAACUGGGGAGUGGAAAAAAGUGGCCAAGGUUCUGGACCGAUUCUUCAUGUGGCUGUUUUUUAUUAUGGUCUUCUUCAUGAGUCUGCUCAUAAUGGGGAAAGCUAUCUGAGAUGGAAAUAUAAUGUGUUGAUCAUGCCUUAGAAUUCAAGACACUUAGGCCUGUUUCACACUGUAAGUGUAAGCAGCGCAUACUUAUUUCAGAACCUAUAGUAACAGGUUGCAGCAUUUCCGUAGUUUUUUCUACUA